CUUGUGUUUCCCUGCGACUUGUCGCUAUGCCUCUGCCCGUUCGUACUAUCUAAACACAGAUCUGCUAAAUUGCUAAUUGACUGUUUCUUUUGUUUCUUUUCCCACAUAACUACCCGGAAACAACCAAAAGAAAAAGUAAAUAUCUGGUGAAAAACGGUGAUCUCCUCAAAUAUAAGCAAAUAAAUGUUUAGAUUUAAAGUUGUCGAUGUCCAUGCAAGCUGCUAAAAAAGAUGAUGCUAAUAGUUCCAAUGACAUAAAGAGGACGCCUGGUGUUGCAAUAGUUAUUUUCUUUCUCGGUACUUCAUUAAAUUUUCUUGCGCCUGCAACUGCAUAUAAAUACCUUUCUCCUUGUCGAUAGUCUUCUUCGAAUAUUUUCCUUCUCUAACUACUGCGCUUCAGGAUGUGGCGGGGCACUCGGUGGGAGUGAUCAGCUAGUGAGGGUUUGGAUGUUUAAAGAAGCUCGCAGGAAGUUCAUGCAAUAGUCGACCCGUUGUCCGACAGCUCUCGACUAACCAAGCACUAACAAUAGCAUCAAGAUAAUCAAAAGCCUUGAAUUUGAAGGG